UCCGCCCUCUGAAAAAAAAGUAUUCGCCUCCUCCUCUCAUCCAGCCAUCGACGAAACUUCCAAACGGACUUCGCAGUUUAUCGGAUUUGUGUUUUUUAAAACCCGGUUGAUGCUGCGAGGCAGAGCAGGAUGCGGACGUUUCCUGCGGCUGAAGCUUGAGACGUUAGCGGGGAGAUGAGCUCCAGCUCGUAGCAAACGGUUCAACACGAGAGCUUCUUCCUCCUCCUCCUCCUUGUUGAAGUGUUCCCAUCAGCUCAGUCAUGGCUCGCGGCUGCAUCUGCUGCGUGAAGUACAUGCUCUUCCUCUUCAACCUGCUCUUCUGGCUGGGGGGCUGUGGGCUGCUGGGAGUCGGCGUGUGGUUGUCCGUGUCUCAGGGCAGCUUCGCCACCCUGUCGCCCUCCUUCCCGUCGCUCUCCGCCGCCAACCUCAUCAUCACCCUGGGCACCGUCGUCAUGGUCACCGGGUUCCUGGGUUGCCUGGGCGCCAUCAAGGAGAACAAGUGCCUGCUGCUGAGCUUCUUCAUCGUUCUCUUGAUCAUUCUCUUGGCCGAGCUGAUCCUCCUCAUCCUCUUCUUCGUCUACACCGACAAGGUGAGUGAAAAUGCCAGAAAGGACCUGAAAGAAGGUCUGGUUCUGUACAACACGGAAAACAACGAGGGCCUGAAGAACGCGUGGAACACCAUCCAGGGAGAGUGGAAGUGCUGUGGUGUGAUGAACCAUCAGGACUGGUACACUGCUCUGCAUGAGAACGUGGUUCCUGAUCGAUGCUGUCAGAACGUCUUCAAGGGCUGUGGACGCAACUCCUCCAACGUCUUCUGGACACACGGUUGCUAUCAGAAGGUGGAGGAGUGGCUGGAUGACAACAAACACCUUCUGGGAACCAUCGCUAUGUGUGUGCUGGUCAUACAGCUGCUCGGGAUGGCGUUCUCCAUGACGCUCUACCAACAGAUCCACCGCGCAGGGAAGAAGUACGAAGCCUGAGGGAAACGAGCAUUUAAGCUUCGGUACAUUUAAAUAUAUCACAUUUUAUAGCCACUACGUCUAUAUAUGCACCCAGUUACUGUUGUGAAUAGCAUUUAAACUAGUUAUUGUUUUUUUUUUUUUUAUCUCACUGUAAUAAUGAGUGUUUGUAAAAUAAUGAGAAGAGGAAAAGACGGUUUUAUUUGGCUGCCUGUGGAAACAUGUUGAUAAAAUGAGUAUUAUACACUAACCUGUUCAAUAAAGACACUCACGACUGGAA